AUGCCUUAUACCUCGAAAUGGCCAUAUUCAAAGUUUAUGAAACAGAAAGUUGACGUUCCUUCUGUGAACUUUGAUGGGGACCGUUCGACUGUUGGAAAAGGUCCCGACUAUCAUCUUCUGGACAACGAAAGUAGCGGAGACAGCAGUGUUACCGACGAAACAAUGACUGACGAAUCGUAUCAAUCUCCUGUUCCAAAAAAGAAAACAGGGCUGUUCAAAUUGGUUCUCAGUGUGUUCAAGCUAAGUAACUCAACAGAGGCAGAUGACACCAUGGAUUUACUUACAAAUGAGAAACAGAAGAUUGCAUUUAAAAACAGAGGAUAUGUUAAAGAAGUUACUCAAACUGCAAAGUUGAACAAAGAAAACACGGAUAAAGAGAAGGGAAUGGAGCCGAGCACAUCAGACAGCUGCGUCAAAAUGCGGUUCCAAGAUCAAUGGGAGCAGAUUGUGAGUUUUUAG